AUGUACCGUCAAGCCGCUAACCACAGCAGGACGGUCUUCUUCCUCUUCUACUUUAAUCGGCUGUUUGCAACCCUGGUCUCCUAUGGCAUAAGAGCGUAUACAUGGCACAAAUACCGAGCCUAUAUCGACAUACAGGCACUUCAGAUAUCCCUGCUCGCUGGUCGAAUCUUCUUCAAAGACCUCCGCUAUCACGGCCAUAACGAGACGAUACUCGUCCACGGAGGCUACAUAACCUGGCGUUACUGGUAUCGCAAUGUUCGAGAGAGCGAGCUAUUCACCCACAGGAAAUCUGGACCGUCGAAGGGCUCUACCAGUGAGAAGAGUACAAGCCAGAAGAGAAGCACUAGCAGAAGUUUGGACAGGGAAGAGAAAGCCGGUGACCAGGUGGACAAGCAGCUACCUUGUCGUAUCAGCAUCAAAAUCUCGGGUUUGGAAGCUUUCCUCUACAACAGAAGCCCAGCGUAUGACAGCGUUGUGGAAGCUGUUACGCGUGCGGCCAAUUCCGCCUCAUCUGACGAUGAGAGCCGCCCCGAGGCAGAGAACGGGGAAGGUAAAAGCUCGGACAUCUCGUUCGACGAAAAGCACGAGGCGGCGAUCAGGCCGUCCAAGACCACCGACUCCGCCCGGUCACAGCAGACGAAUGUUAGCGGCACACACAGCCAUGGGAGCCAGCAACAGCAAUCUUUGCAACUGCCCGCUUUCUUGCAUAUAUUCCCCAUACGCUUGUCUUGUAACAAAGGCGCAGUUGCUCUUGGAAAUGAGAAUACUAAAUGCGUAUUGACUGCAAAGUUCGACAAUGCGAGCGGUGAGUUUGAUGUGGGUGAGGCUGGAGAACUGGACAUAUACAAGCAAAUAUUCCAUUUCAACGUCGUGCAUCCAGUCGUCCACAUGAGACCAAACACAGACUUCAAAUCAUUCCAGCUGGCCACCGCUAUACGCUUGAAGCAAGAAGCUCGAGAUGGGCCCUCAGCAAAACAUGCCAAGGCUGCUCGAUUGGCUCAUCCUCGCCAUAAUGUCUUGCAAAAGUUACACAACUUGUCGCCGUUCUUCCGCAAAUCCGUGGAAUCUGUCAACCCAUCCUCGCAAAAGGCCGACGACAAGACACCUUCAGCUAAACUACAGACGCCACUUCCAGGCGAAGGGAGUUGGCGAGGUUUGACAAGAUACCUUGACAACAGCCAGUUUGAUGAGCACGACGAGUGGGAUGCCGUCGAAUACGGCAAAUCAUCAUUGAUUGCUGACAUAACUCGCGUAAGCUUCAGCUUCUACUGGGACAUCCCUGGCCCCAAGCCACAAGAGAUUGAAGGACCGACAGCUGUGGAUUCACCCAUCAGACCGGAUGUCAACGGUGCCAGUCCGCCAGAUUACGGCCUUGAACUCUACAUCUAUGGCGGAAUCGUGAACUACGGGCCCUGGGCAGACCGCCAACGUAUCAACUUCCAGUCGUUUUUCUUUCCGAGCUCCUAUGUCGAUGCACAUCCUGCCAAACCAUUAGCAGCAGGACAGACUCGAAUAAUCACCGUUUUCAAACUCUUCCUUACGGUCGAGGAAGAAGUCACUCUCCGUGUUCCGACUCGGGAGCCGUCCAAAGAUUGGAAAUGGAGAGGCCGAGCCGAGAACAUGAAGGAUCAGGCCAAACUAACCUCGGAGAGAGAAAAGGGCCGUGGAAGGGGCAGGAUCAAGUCAUUCAGAAACAGAAAGGGAGAUAAGGGUUUAUCUGGACCGAACGUACGGCCGUUCGGUUGGAUAGAUGUCAAAUUCGCCCCAGACACGACCGUCAACUACACGAUGGAUAUGGUAGCCCAGAAGGACGGCUACGCAAACACACUUGUCGCUGAUGUUCGCGGCAUCGACAUCUAUUCGAGCGUCAACCAUGGGCUCUUAUGGCAUUCGGGCAAGAUUGGCCUGGACUGCGACCUUUCCUUCCCACUCAGAUGGAAUGGUCUACGCCAGUGGACGUUCAACAUCUCAUGCAAUGAUUUAGAGCUUUUCCUGCUUCGGGAUCAUCUUUUCCUGAUUACCGACAUAGUGGGGGAUUGGGGCUCAGGUCCUCCGUCAGAGUACUACACGUUCACACCGUUCAGAUACAAGCUCAACAUGAACUUCAGCAGCUUUAAAAUGUACCUGAACACCAAUGACUCGAACAUUGUGAACGAUCCGUCGGAUUUGGAAGACAACAACUUCAUUGUGCUUUACGGAAGAACGCUAUAUGCUGAUCUACUCAUUCCCCUGGACCGAUUCCGUCCAGCUCGGAAUGAAAUCCGUUUCGAUGUGAGAGGAUAUGACUUUGGCCUCGAGAUGCGCAUGCCCUCCAAGAACACAGUCAACACUUUUGUCAAGUCGAACAACGUUGCGACUCUCGAGGAGCUGGCUAUGGACGGAAGUCACAAUUAUUUUACCAGUAGUUCCGCUUCUCUCACGGACACGCUCAGCAUCAACAUCCACGGAUCCAAGUUCUCGCUGAUCCUGUAUGGAUUCUUGGUAAGACAUCUGAUGAAGGUUAAAGACAACUACUUUGGGGACGAUCUGCACUUCAGGACGCUUGAGGAAUUCCAAAACACUCCUCGAAGAGGGUCGAUCGAGGAACGUCUAGACAUCUCGAAACAGGGAGCAAAGAAGUCCAAUGAUCUGGAUGUCAUUCUCUGCAUUGGCGCCAACGACGCUAGCAUUCUCCUUCCAGCAAACUUGUAUUCUGCGGAUGAGUACAUCCGGGCCGACGUGCCAUACGCCUUCUGUGAUCUUCGCUUCACGAACUACUAUAUGGAUCUCAUGGUCGAUUUCAGCCCGGCCUCCAUAUCAGUCAGCGACAAGCAAUCAGACCAACAAGAUGCAGCCAAGUCUAGCGGACGUACACAGCUGUUCAUUGAUCUCAUUAGCAUAUACGGGCACCGCUUGUUUGGCCUGCCGCCUACAGAACCAACAUAUCUUUGCAACUACGACUUCAACGUUGGAAAGAUCACCGGGGAGUCGUCAGCUCGCUUCCUCGAAACUCUACUUGGAGCCAUUCAAGCAUUUGCUUUUGGCCUGGACGACGAUGAGAAUGCGAUGCCGCUCACAGAACCAUUGGUCAUCCACGACGUGAUCUUCAUCCGACUCAAAGCCGCAGGUGUUAACAUCUGCCUUCGAACAGCGCUUGAUGCCCUGAUAAUGGGCACAGGCGCCAUCACCUUGGACUUUAACGAUUGGGCGGGAUCGACGUUCUCUCAGCGACUGAAUGUGCUAGUACCCAACCUCACACUGGCAUGCUUCGAUCCAAAGUCGCCCUCACCAAAACGCACGGGCAGCGAAAUGGUUACCGCUAAAACACACGCUUAUCUGCAGACGGAUAUCUCGCUGCAUAUGCUUAAGAGGAAGCUCGGAUUCAGUGAAGAACGGCAGAAGCAGCAAGCUCACCUUAACGAACAUGACCAGAGAACGGAUCGUACCCCUUUUCUUCUGCACGACGAGCUUGACCUCGGUAUGUCGCGACCGACCCGUGCGCAGAGCAGUCUUUCUCCGCCAGCCUCAACGUAUCCGGCCAUUCCAUCCCCCCUGCGACAGAUCAAUAGCGACGCGAGCUCAACAAGCCGCUCAAGCUUACGGUCAAGUCGCUCGACACGGUCUGGUAAUUCAAUUGCAACCUCAAUCACCAGUCUAUCUUCAGAUAAAAACGAAGCUCGAAGGGCUGGAAGGAUCGGCUACAAAUCGUCGUUGCACUCCCAGUCUGACCCAAGCCUCGCAGGGAGCCUUCAUGCAGGCAAUUCGUCAUCUUCAAGUGGUCAGUUCGGUCACAGAUCUUCGUCUGAAGCGUCGAGAGAGGAGCAAAAGUAUUCUCAGAGUUAUAAGAGCGCAAGGGGCCGUAGAAAGCGUCAAGAGGAAUCCUCUGAGGUCCUCACGAGCUCUCUAGCCCGUCCUGAAUUUCCGCUGGACGGUGUGGCGUUGGAUGUGAGCGAUGUGCCACCUUUGACUCCACCUUCGAGGAAGGAGGUCACGUCGGUUGGCAACAGCUGGCCUGCUCUUACGGAUGGCUCACGCAAUACAUUUGACGAGAACUUCGUCCACACAAGCUUUAUCAUCACCGCCGGUUCUGGUGUAAGAGCACUUUGUACUCCACAAGCAGUCGCGUCCAUCGCAGUCUUAAUCCAGUCUUUGCAACCGAAACACCCGGAGGACCUCCUAGAUUCCUUCCAGAUCGAAGUCAUGUCUAAGAUCUUGAGUAUUCGUAAUCGCAUAGAGGGCAAAGGUACAUCGAAUCAAUUCAGCUUACGCUUACCAUGUGCCCACCUGCGCUUCUCGGAUGACUACAGCACGAUUGACGAAAGUCAUUAUCGAUCUGAGAAAGACCAGUACGAUGUCAUUGUCGAGAACCUUGGUGUCGCAGCUCGGUCAAGAUCUUAUCCAAAGACCGAGUCGGAGACGAGUUCCUUCUCAUUCCAUGCUACGCUCGACUCUCUUGACGCUUCGGUCAAGGAUAGCUCGCGCGAGACGAACUCUGACGAUGCAGCUGUCAGGGCAAGGAUUGAUGACGUCCUCUUCUGGAUGGUCUCUGCCGGGUCUACUUCAGUCAACGCAUCUUUCAAAGGAUUCGAGAUUGUUACAGCAGGCAAGCGAAUAGAAUACCUUGCGAGACUGAUCCACCACACCACUCUGUUAGCCGACGAUUUACGAUCUCAAUUCGCAAACCUUGAUGCGCAAAGUCAGUGGCGGCUGCGCUUCUUCGCAUACACUUUGACCAUGCUUGGUGGAGAGACCCCAGACCCGCCGUUUCUAAGCCGACCGUCAUACGCUUUGCGUGCGGCAACUGACCACCUGCGUAACCACGACUCAUGGAAGAUCAUAUCGCGCUUCCGAUACAUCUAUGACUGUUUAUCUCCAGAACAGAAAGAAGAUCUGGUAAACCGCUGCCUAGGCGAGUUUCCUUUCUGUCCUGCUGACGCUGAAGGCCGUGUCAUCUCAAGCUGGGAUCAAUGGCGAACCUGGGAUCUUGCCCACGUCAAGAGAAGCCUUGCAAUGCGGAAAUUGUACGGCUCUUGGGCUGAAGUCAACGAUUUACACGAGAACAAACAGCUUCCCGUCGGAUUGACGGUGAGGUCUACCGGUAUCAGGCUUAUACUUGACCCUGGACCGAAGCAGAGUGAGCUGUCGACGCGCAUGCUAAUGGUGGCGCUGUCUAUGUCCCCUCCACAAGAACCAUCCGGCUUGAUGCUUGUCGAAAACGACGCUUCAUCAAGGAAGACCACACUGCAUACCAGUUCAAAGUCACUCACCUGUCAAAUUAACUGGGAAGUGUGCGAACUCGUUGAGAACCUUCUGCGGCUUUUCCAGGAAGGCCAGUCCUUCAAUCGCAAGCCUUCAGUGUCCACUGUAGGCUCAGUCGAGCUGGCUGAAGUGCACGAGCCGCAAGAUCACGAUAUCCAGGUGUUUGUCACAACGGACUACGGGAGCAUUGCCUUGGAGUCAAUCAAUUUGAGAAAUACUUGGACGGUCAAGAGUUUGAAGGCGUCGGUCAUCGCAACUGAUCGAGCAGAAUCGUCCGCAGGAUUCAUGCUCUCCACAUUGGUCCAUGCCGACUCCGCAGCUGUAGAACUGCAGUCCCACAGAAGGUUGCUGAUGCACUGCCGGGCAGAUGGUCCGAACGUCUAUGUGUCUAAAGACAACUCUGAUCAAAGCGAUACGUGGCGUAUCGCCGGUGCCAGCAAGAAAGUCCUCGUACAGAUCAAGGAGGAGAUAAUCGGGCUUGUCGAAGUCAGCGACGCCGUGUUGUGCGACGAAGUUGCUUAUUUCCAGCGCCGACGUGAUCUGUUCGCCCAAGGCAUCAAUCCUGGUAACAAGCACCACACAACGCAGAGAAGCGCGCCUUCGCCAAAGCUCGACCUCGCGUUACUCAUGGACGCCUAUCAGAUCGAUGUAGCAAUAUUCCAGUCCAUGAGCUACUCCAUAUCUGGAGAGCUGGGCCGGCUGUCAGCAGUACCCGUUCUAGGUCAUGAAUGGGCCUUGAACCUCAACUACGAUCUCUCUAGCAGCAUCCACCACUUACGCAGCAACACCAGUCAGCGUUCACAGAACAUUGCAGAAUUAGGCAUGCCUCCGUUUAACGGUGUGGUGCAGCUGACACAUUCCGGUGAACAAACAGUCGUGGGUGUCUCCAUGAUCAUCGAGCGCAUUAACUUGGAUGCUCAUGCCUUACACGGACUCCUGACCGCAGCGCAAUCACCGGAAGGCUCAAGUGCGAUCCGAGCCAUUCAAGACGACGUAAAUGUAUUCAAAACACAUUUGGCCGAAGUCUUUCCCAAGGACGUUGCUCACUCGUCGAGGCAAAGCGAGGAGCCAAGCAAGUCGCCACUUGCAUUCGAUGCCAGCAUCAUCUUUGCGGGACUGUGCGUCUCAGCUACCGCCCCCGGUUCUCAGUCAGACUCGUCAAAGGUGAAAAUGGUCUUCGAGCUUAGUCCCGUGAAGAUCAAAGCAACGAACGUGUCUCUCCUCGACCGUUUGGUACUCCCAAUGCCAGAGAUCAUUGUACAGCUGCAACAGAUGACCAUGGAACUGAAGCUGUUCGACAAUAGGGUGUCCCAGCGAUGCGGCAAUGUUACAUUCGGCGUUGGUGUCCAAUGCUUAUCAUAUCAGGACGACUCUGGUCAGUUCAAACGUGAUUAUCGCGUCCAGAGUUCAGCGCUGGAAGUCAAUCUGUUUCCGGACACCGCGUCAGCCGUCGUGGAUGUGAUUAACCACCUGCAGAACCGUCUCAGCGGUCUUGACUUAUCGAAAGAGAAGAAGUAUCUACGUCGCCUUCGGCAACCGCGACGACUUACUUCGACGUUGGAGAACUCCACGGCUGACAGCGCACAGCAGGCGAAUGAGAUUGAUUCCGCUGCAUUAUUCGAUGCUGCCUUCUCGAUGGAAUUGCCAGACAUUCAAAUCAGCUACAUUGUUGGCAACUCCGCUCCAGCAUUUCCAGGUCAUGAGGUCGAAGACCUUGUGUUGUCGUUCAGGCGCAUUGGUUUAUCAUCCAAGAAAGAAAACGCCGCACGACUCACCAUCGAAGACCUGCAACUGCAAAUGGUUCCAGCCUCACAAAGCAAGAGGCAACGCUCGCCGAACUCGGCACUCCUUCCUGAAGUGGUUUUCAACGUAGCGUACAGCUCCACCCAGCAAGAUCGUCAAUACACUUUCCAUGCUGGCGGCAAGUCUCUGGAUGUUCGGCUGGAGUCAAAAUUCCUCUUGUCUGCGAAUGUAUUGCAGCAGUCAAUGAAACUCGCGAACAAGGAGCUUCGUGCAGUUACUGCUGGCUGGAAGAAGGCACCGAGCGACGGUGGUGUUCAACGGUCGACCUUGUUCGCCAACAAGAAGUUAUCCUCUCUCCUCGUCGAUGCGGACUUUGCAGGAGCUGUUGUGUAUUUGCACGGAAGCAGUAGCAACAAUCGUGGUAGCACGAAAGCCGACAUGUCUCAUCGUAGCCGCUUGUCGCAGCGCGGGCGUUAUGGACAAUUCUCGGCUGAUGAUUCCACACCCAGCACCGCACUCAGAGCCCCCAGCAUUGCUCUGAAGGUCCAGUACAAGGGCAACGUGGCGGAGCCGACCCUACAUGUGGAGCUCAAGAUUGAUGCAUCCACGAAUACGCUCCAUCCUACUGUCGUGCCUCUGAUUGUGGACAUAUCCAACUGUAUCAAGGAGAUAGUCCAGGAUGGCGACGGAGUUGAGAAGGAACCAGAGCCCAAAUCGAGCUCUAAGUCCUCGGACGAGGAGAGCUUGGUCACAGCAGAUCCAAGUGCAUUAUUGGGGAAGACGAGACUCAAUUUUGGUUUCCGGAUCUGCAGACAAGAGUUCAGCCUUAGCUGCCAACCUAUCGCUCGAGUCGCCGCAACUGCGUGUAUCGAAGACAUCUACGUAACGGCCAACACUAUCAGAUCAACUGAGCAUGGCCACUUCUUUGCACUCUCAGCGACAUUCGACAAACUGCAAGCCUCCGUACAACACGACUACUCAAGGGAGUCGACGUUCAGUUUCGAUGUUGAAUCUGUAGUGCUGUCGCUAAUGAACAGCAAACAUCUCAGCGGCACCAGCGGUAUCUCGGCUAUCCUCAAGAUCGAUCCCAUGCGCACUCACAUCAAUGCCAGGCAGUUGCAGGAUUUCCUGCUCUUCCGAGAAAUAUGGUUGCCACCAGAGAUACGGAAGGGACCGAGAGCGGACCUACCUUCAGCGAGCACGGAACCUCAAGAAUACUUUGUGCAGCGGUAUCAGCAAGUCGCCUCAGCCGCCGCCUUCCCAUGGAACGCCACGAUUCUCAUUGCGGAGAUAGCCAUCGAUCUGGACCUUGGACAGUCCAUUGGCAAGUCUAGCUUGAUCGUCACCAAUCUGUGGGCGUCUUCCAAGAAGAGCUCGGACUCCGAACAGAACCUCUGUAUAGGCGUUCAGGGCCUGGCAAUCAACAGCAACGGUAGGAUGAGCGGCUUUGUGGACCUGGAUGGCUUCAAAGUUCGUACGUCAAUCCGCUGGCCCUCACAAGCAGAGAGCUCUCGCAAAUCACCCCUCGUCCAGGCAGCUGUCGGAUUUACGAGGUUGCGUGUCAAAGUCGCUUUCGACUUCCAAGCUUUUGUCAUCGCAGACAUUUCAAGUUUCAACUUUCUCAUGCACAACGUGCGUGUGGAUCAGGAAACUGCCAAGGAUCGACUGGUUGCAAUCUUGGACGGCGAGAAAGUGCAGAUAUUCUGUACAGCCACAAGCGCCGCUCAGGGAUACGCGCUAUAUCAGGCCCUGGAGCGCUUGAUACAGGAGAACGAGAUGGCUUACAAGCAGUCGCUGAAGGACAUCGAGAAGUUCCUUCGCCGCAGCUCCACAACCGCGACAAGCCGGCCGUCUCUCGCUCUCCCCUCACUGAAACAGAAGGGUGAAUCGCUCAAGGCUCCUAUCUCUCUCCAUACCGACGUCGUCGUUACUCUACAGCACAUCAACUUCGGCGCCUUCCCAAGCACCUUCUCCGACCACCAAAUCCUCAGCCUCGAAGCGCACGACGUACAAGCCCGUUUUGCCGUAGCACUCGAACGCCACAAAAUUCAUAGCGGACUCGGAAUGACGCUCGGCCAGCUCAGUCUCGCCCUCGCCGCAGUCUCCCAGCCCAAAGCACCCAAGACCCUCGGCGAAGUCAGCCUCGAGGAAGUGGUCCGCAGUGCAACAACCGCGAGAGGCGGCACCAUUCUCCGCGUCCCAAAAGUCAUCGCUACGAUGCAGACAUGGCAGGAACCCGACUCGAACCACAUCGACUACACUUUCAAGAGCGCCUUCGAGGGCAAAGUCGACGUCGGCUGGAACUACUCCCGCAUCAGCUUCAUCCGCACCAUGCACAACACGCACACGCGCACGCUCGCCUCACGGCUAGGACGGCAGCUGCCGGAGUCGGCGGUCAAGAUCGCUGGGCUGCCUGAUGCGGACGAUGCGGAUGGCGGAAGCCUCGAGAAGAAGGCGAGCCCCGAGAAGGAGAAGAUUACCGCGGUGGUCAAUGUGCCGCAGAGCAAGUACAACUAUACCGCGCUGGAGACGCCCAUUAUUGAGACGCCGCAGCUGAGGGAUAUGGGCGAGGCGACGCCGCCGUUGGAGUGGAUCGGGUUGCAUAGAGAGAGGUUGCCGAAUGUUACGCAUCAGAUUGUUAUUGUUACGCUGCUGGAACUGGCGAAGGAGGUUGAGGAUGCUUAUUCUAGGAUUCUGGGAUCUUCGUAA